UUGCAAAAUUCCAAGAUGGAGGCAAAAUCUGGGGAAACAACUGGAACGACGCAAAACGCGACAGAAAUUCACCUAGAUGAUGACAAACAACCAAAAGACGACCAUUUUCACGGAGCUACUUUAGAAAUAAAUGGAGAUGGAGCUCAGCCACAUGCCGAAGCAGAGGUGGAGUUUGCUGGACCGCGUUUCGAUCGAAACCGUCCGGGUUCUACUAUCGGACGUCAGUCCGUGCGCAGUACAUCUAGCAGAACGUCACUGAAGGCUGGGGGCUAUAAAUCGGAGAAAAUGUCCGAACAAUACUUUUGCUACAAAGAGACUGCACUAGAUGAGGCAGCAGGAAAAUGUAAAAGUAAGGAAUACAAGGCAGACUUAGAUGGCAAUAUUACCGGAACCUGGCUGCUGACAGAAAUUGAUCACUGGGAUAAUGAGAGAGAAAAGAUUGUCAUUUUAACUGAGAAUUCGGUUCUAAUCUUUCGCUUCAACUUCAUCAAUAACAAGGUGAUAGACUUUCGACGAGUGAGUCUUCACAUCAUUGACACUAUACGCAUUGGAGACUUCACAUACCCGCAGUAUUCUGUGAUGCCUGUUGUGUCCAGUGAUAGACAGCAUGGCGGGAUCCAGUUUAAAUUUGAUACAUGCCAGGAACCAUCAUUUGGACAGCUUUGGAAUCCUUGGUGUUCAACUAUCCCAUGGGUCACUUUGGCUCAUCAUCCAUUGAUCUACAACCCGAAAGAAAAUGAAACUGUUACAUAUAAUGUUGACGACUUCUAUGAGUCCUUAGUUCAAGCAGUAAGUAAAGCGUACAAUCGCAAACGACCAGGAGAAAAAGUUACGGUGAUUGAAGGGCCUAUUUUGAUACAGAGCUACGCAAGCUUAUCUUCGUUAGUCUUUAACCAGUCUGGCUUUGGAUACUACAAGGACAGAAAUGGUGUUUGCUUCUGAUAACUUUUGAAAAUGUUUUGCAUCAAACUAAGAAACAAGACCUUUUUGGAUUGAAUUUGAUUAUGCAGUACUUAUUUGGGAAUCUUUUUUUUAUUUCUUUUAGAAAUGUUGAGUAACAUUCUGAUAAUAUACCCUGUUGUUUCAAGUGAUUCUUGUAUAUAUGUGACAAUCACAUUUGUAAAGCUGAGAUUUUGGUACAUUCCAGCCCUAUUGUGAGCGUGUUUAUUAUCUUUGCUACAAUUUAACACAGUUAUUGUUAACAAGGCACUUUUUUGGCAAAAAAUUGUACAAUGUAUUUGCACUGUGUGCUUCGAAUUGUUCCUUAAAUAUGUACUUGUAUCAGUAAACCUUUUCAGAAAAAAAACUUAGAAACAUU